AUGAAAUUACGCCCAGGAGAUAAGGGGGGCUACUACGAUGCUAAUGAAAUGGGUGGCCCACCACUAACUCCGGGAGGUGGGAGCAGAUAUUUUGAUGGACAAGGUUACACAGGUCGUCAAGACCCAUAUGCAAAUCAGAACUUCCGCAGCGGAACACCAAUGUACGGUCAGGAUUAUGGCAAUCAGCCACAGCCGAUGUACAACAUGGAUAUGAAUCGCAGAAAUAAUAUGGAUAUAUCUGGUGUCUCGUGUAAAUGGCUUGAAACGAAAGUGGAAACAAUGCUGUGUACAGAUCACAGUGCACAGCUUAUAUCUUCUGUACAUUUAAAAGCACUAAUGUCAUUAUUUUUGUAA